GGAAAACGUGAUUUCUCCGGAACUGGCUUUAGAUAAGGAAGUUGAAAAUGGAGGCGGCGGUGUUCAUUCUGUCGCUUAUUGACUGUUGCGUUUUGAUUUUCCUAUCGGUGUACUUCAUCAUCACUCUCUCGGACCUAGAAUGUGACUACAUCAAUGCGAGAGCUUGCUGUUCAAAGUUAAACAAAUGGGUUGUUCCGGAGCUUGUGGGUCAGGCUUUGGCCACAGUCCUCAUGCUGAUCUCCAUGCACUGGUUUGUCUUCCUCCUCAACCUGCCCGUGGCGGCCUGGAAUGUUUACAGGUACCUGAAUGUGCCCAUGGGAAACAUGGGAGUAUUUGACCCCACGGAAAUCCACAAUCGCGGUCAGCUGAAGUCACACAUGAAGGAGGCCAUGAUCAAACUUGGCUUCCACCUGCUCUGCUUCUUCAUCUACCUGUACAGCAUGAUUCUGGCCCUGAUCAACGAUUGAGACCCAGCGACCCACACACACAGAAUGGCACACUAAGAACCCGUCUUCUCUCCGCUGCGAUAAACUCGUCCUGUUUGUCAUCCUGUCUGCCUGAAUAGCAUCAAUGCUCUCGAGAGGUGCCAAAUCACAAUCCCCCCUCCGCACCCUGGAACAAGGAGAGUGGCAAUACAGCUCACACACGCAGUCUCCCCACUGCACUGAAUCAGCCAGGGGAGACUUAGACCCUUGUUUUCUGUUCUUGUGAGAGAGUGUGCACUGUGUGGGUGCGCUACGGUACAGUUGUGCAAAUGCGUGGCACUGCAGGUGUGUGCGGUGUACGUGAGUGUGUGUGUGUGCGAGUGCGCGUGCGCGGGUGUGCAUUCCUGAGCGAAAGACCGGACCCUGCGGUGAUGCUCAGGGUGCAGGCAAGGGGACCCUUAAAAUGGAGUCGUGCGUGUUAAAUUGCCUGUUAAUUCAUGAUGUAUUCACAGCUGUUCAUGUGAAUUGUGUGAAUUUGCGAGUAGUUUAAAUGGCAAAUUUAAAUUUCACAUCCCAGGUAUCCAUGCACCACACACUCCCCAGACACAACCCUUACACUCCAUACUCUCCAGUUUUCUGCUGGAAUACUGUAUUGUACAUUCAGUGUGUUUGUAAUGGUUAAUGAGCGAGGCAGAUUUAAAUGCUUUUACCCCACAUCAAUCAAAUUUACCCUCUCAUAGUUUAACUGUACCCUUUCAGUGACCACUCUCCUGAAAAAGUGUCUCAAAUAUGGUUAAUCUGUGAGUCUCCCCCAAGUCUCUCUCUCUCUGCAGUCUCUCCUAGGUUUUUCUGUGUGUAAAAGCAUUCCCCAUGUCUUUCUCUAAGUGCCCCUGUGAGAUCUCCCUCUCUCUCUAACAGUUUCUCCCAGGCCAGACUGUAAUAAUGAAAAGAUGACAGGUGAAGUAGUUUCAAUUGGAGGUGUUUCAUUGCUGCUGAGUGUAUUUGAAAAAAGUCAUUCAUGGGUGUUUCUCAGUGUUUAAAAAUGGUCUUUGUAAUGUUUUUAUUUUGGAUGCAUUUAUUUUGCCUCAUUUGUGGGGGUCUCCUAAAUGUUUGAAUACUAUUUGGAGAGCAAAAUAUAUUGACUGACUCAAAUGUAAAAUAUUGGUAGACAAUAAAACAGGUUUUUAAAAAAACAUUUGGGACAACAAAAAUCAUUCAGACAUGGGAACGGGAUAAACUGUCAUAUUGUGUUCCAUUCUGUCAGGUUGCACCCAAACCAAAUAAAGUAUUUUGGAAAUGU